AACUGAUGACAAGCUGUAAUAUGUGGCGUAGUUAGCCUGCUAAUGAACCUUUGAAUCAGUUUAUUUGCCAAAUCUAGUUUUGGUAGCAAAUCUAAAAAGGAGAAAAUAGAGUAUUUUACCGUGUUACAACUCGCAGACCAGCAUCUGAGAUGGUUCUGCAAAACAGUGGAAGGUACAAAGCGGACCGGACACAAGCUGGAGGAGAGGACAAUCAGGACGAUGGCUCCUCGUUGUCGGCCCUCAAGAGACUGGAGCGCAGCCAGUUCACCGACGAGAUGGACAGCCGCUUCGGCUUCGACAGGAUGAAGGAGCCAGGAGAGAAAACAGGAUGGCUGAUGAACAUGCACCCUACAGAGAUCCUGGACGAUGACAAGAGGAUGAUCAGUGCUGUAGACUAUUAUUUCAUUCAGGAGGAUGGCAGUAGAUUUAAGGUGGCCCUCCCAUACAAGCCAUAUUUUUAUAUAGCCACAAAAAAGAACUGUGAGAGGGAAGUCAUCUCAUUCUUGUCCAAGAAAUUCCAAGGAAAGGUGGCGAAGCUUGAAAUGAUCCCCAAAGAGGACCUAGACUUGGCUAACCACCUGGUCGGACUGAAGAGAAAUUACAUCAAGCUUUCCUUCAACACGGUGGAUGACCUGGUUAAGGUCAAGCGUGAGAUUUCUCCAGCAGUGCGCAAGAACAGAGAGCGGGAGCAGUCCAACGACAUGUACACCUCAAUGUUAUCAAGUGCCUUGUCAGGUGGCAACGUAACAUCAGCAGAUGAGGAUGGCAUGUCCAAGAAAAUAUCCGACCAGUUAGACAACAUAGUGGACAUGAGAGAGUAUGAUGUGCCCUACCAUGUCCGCCUGUCCAUCGACCUCAAGAUCCACGUGGCCCACUGGUACAACAUUCGAUACAGAGGCAGCGCUUACCCACCAGAGAUUGUACGGAGAGAUGAUCUUGUGGAGCGACCAGACCCAGUUGUUUUGGCUUUUGACAUAGAGACCACCAAACUGCCGCUGAAAUUCCCAGAUGCUGAGACGGAUCAGAUUAUGAUGAUCUCCUACAUGAUUGAUGGACAGGGCUUCCUAAUCACAAACAGAGAGAUUGUCUCUGAGGACAUUGAGGAUUUUGAGUUCACCCCCAAACCAGAAUAUGAAGGACCUUUCACUGUUUUCAAUGAGGAUGAUGAGGCGGCUCUCAUUCAGAGGUGGUUUGAUCACGUCCAAGAAACCAAGCCAAACAUCUUUGUAACCUACAACGGGGACUUCUUUGACUGGCCUUUUGUUGAGACUCGGGCUGCUCACCAUGGACUGAACAUGCACAGAGAGAUCGGCUUUCAGAAGGAUAGCCAGGGCGAGUACAAAGCCAGCCAGGCCAUUCACAUGGACUGCUUAAGGUGGGUAAAGAGAGACAGCUACCUGCCAGUGGGCAGCCAUAAUCUGAAGGCAGCAGCUAAGGCGAAGCUGAGCUAUGACCCCGUGGAGCUGGACCCUGAGGAGAUGUGCCGCAUGGCCACCGAGGAGCCACAGACUUUAGCCACCUACUCUGUGUCUGACGCUGUGGCUACCUACUACCUUUACAUGAAAUAUGUUCACCCCUUCAUCUUUGCUCUCUGCACCAUCAUCCCCAUGGAGCCUGAUGAGGUUCUGCGUAAGGGCUCUGGGACGCUCUGUGAAGCCUUGCUCAUGGUGCAGGCCUUCCAUGCCAACAUCAUUUUCCCCAACAAGCAGGAACAGGUCUUCAACAAGCUGACAGACGACGGCCACGUCUUGGACUCUGAGACCUACGUGGGCGGCCACGUGGAGGCCCUGGAGUCUGGAGUUUUCCGCAGUGACAUCCCCUGUCGUUUCAAAAUGAACCCAGCUGCAUUCGACUUCCUGCUUCAAAGAGUUGAGAAAACGAUGCGUCACGCCAUUGAGGAAGAGGAGAAAAUCCCCCUAGAGCAAGUCACCAACUUUAACGAGGUCUGUGAUGAGAUCAAAAAGAAGCUGACCUCCCUGAAGGAGGUUCCCAACAGGAUAGAGUGUCCCCUCAUUUACCAUUUGGAUGUCGGGGCUAUGUACCCCAAUAUCAUCCUCACCAAUCGCCUGCAGCCGUCUGCUAUGGUUGACGAGGCUACUUGUGCUGCCUGUGACUUCAACAAGCCUGGUGCCACCUGCCAGAGGAGGAUGACCUGGGAGUGGAGAGGAGAAAUCAUGCCUGCCAGCCGCAGUGAGUUCCACCGCAUCCAGCAGCAACUCGAGUCAGAGAAAUUCCCUCCACUGUUCCCCAACGGUCCACCUCGGGCUUUCCACACUCUGAACCGGGAAGAGCAGGCGAAACAUGAGAAGAAACGUUUGGCGGACUACUGUAAGAAGGCCUAUAAGAAGACUCAUCUCACCAGGCUGGAGAAGAGAGUCACCACCAUCUGUCAGAGGGAAAACUCCUUUUAUGUCGAUACUGUGAGAGCUUUCAGAGAUCGGCGUUACGAAUUCAAAGGGCUGCACAAGGUAUGGAAGAAAAAGCUGUCAGCAGCUCAGGACAGUGGAGAUGCUGCUGAGGUGAAGCGCUGUAAGAACAUGGAGAUCCUCUACGAGUCUCUUCAGCUGGCUCACAAGUGUAUUCUCAACUCUUUCUAUGGCUAUGUCAUGAGAAAAGGGGCGCGCUGGUACUCCAUGGAGAUGGCUGGCAUUGUGUGUCACACAGGGGCCAACAUUAUCACCCAAGCCAGAGAGCUCAUUGAACAAAUAGGGAGGCCCCUUGAGCUGGACACUGACGGUAUCUGGUGUGUCCUCCCCAACACCUUUCCUGAGAACUUUGUAGUGAAGACCAGCAACGAGAAGAAGCCCAAGGUGACCAUCUCGUACCCAGGGGCCAUUCUGAACAUCCUGGUGAAGGAGGGGUUCACCAACGACCAGUAUCAGGAGCUAGUCGACCCCAGUUCCCUCACUUACCAGACCAGGUCAGAGAACAGCAUCUUCUUUGAGGUGGACGGGCCCUACCUGGCAAUGAUCCUGCCUGCCUCCAAAGAGGAGGGGAAAAAGCUGAAGAAAAGGUACGCUGUGUUUAAUGAGGACGGCUCGCUGGCUGAGCUGAAGGGUUUUGAGGUGAAGAGGAGAGGAGAGCUGCAGCUCAUUAAGAUCUUCCAGUCCUCAGUGUUUGAAGCUUUCCUCAAAGGUACCACUCUGGAGGAGGUCUACGCCUCUGUGGCCAAAGUGGCUGAUUACUGGCUGGAUGUGCUCUACAGCAAGGCUGCCAACAUGCCAGAUGCAGAGCUGUUUGAGCUGAUUUCAGAGAACCGCUCAAUGUCCAGGAGGCUGGAGGACUACGGGGAGCAGAAGUCCACCUCCAUCAGCACAGCCAAAAGACUGGCUGAGUUCCUGGGAGACCAAAUGGUGAAAGAUGCCGGCCUGAGCUGUCGCUAUGUCAUCUCCCGCAAACCUGAGGGUUCUCCUGUUACAGAGAGGGCUAUUCCCCUGGCCAUCUUCCAAGCCGAAUCCAGUGUGAAGAAGCAUUUCCUUCGAAAGUGGCUGAAGAUGCCGAGCCUGAAUGACCUGGACAUUCGCACUAUCCUUGACUGGAGCUACUACAUCGAGAGGCUGGGUAGUGCCAUUCAGAAAAUCAUCACCAUCCCUGCAGCUCUGCAACAAGUGAAGAACCCAGUGCCCAGAGUGAGGCACCCUGACUGGCUUCACAAGAAACUCCUGGAGAAAAAUGACAUCUACAAGCAGAAGAAAAUCAGUGAGCUGUUCACUAGUGAGGGAAAGAGACAGGUGGCUCAUCAGCCUCUUGAGGCAGGCCAAACCAGGGACAUCGAGGACUUUGGCAUGCCAGCAAGACCUCUGCAGCCGGUCAUCCCAAUCAGCACCAAGCGUAAGCGGGUGUCCCAUGGAGAGGACAGCCAGGUGGAGUCUCAGGACUUGGAGCUCACCCAAUCCUGGAGGGAGAUCCUGGGACCCCCACCACCCAUGGGAAAAACACGGGAAGAGCGUCUCGUGUGGCUGCGCUACCAUAAGAAGAAGUGGGAGCUGCAGCUGAGGCAGAGGAAGGAGAGGAAGAAGAGGAGGAGACUUCUGGAUGGGGAUGCCCAGCCUGUGGGCGGAGGGGUGAUCAGAGAUGGACCCACCACCGGCCUGGGAAGCUUCCUCCGCAGAACAGCACGCAGCAUCCUGGACAUGCCUUGGCAGAUUGUACAGAUUGCCGAAACCAGUCACCCUGGUUUGUACAAGUUGUGGGCUGUGAUUGGAAAUGAUCUGCACUGCAUGAAGCUCAACAUCCCUCGCAUUUUCUAUGUCAAUCAGAAAGUCCCCAAGCAGGAGGAGGGAGUUGCAUACAAAAAGGUGAACCGAUUGCUGCCUCGCUCCAACAUGGUGUACUACCUGUAUGAGUACUCUGUACCAGAGGACAUGUACCAGGAGCACAUCAAUGAGAUCAACGCUGACCUGUCUGCCCCGGACAUUGAGGGCGUCUAUGAAACACAGGUGCCCCUGUUGUUUCGGGCGCUGGUGCAGCUCGGCUGUAUGUGCAUGGUCAACAAGCACGUCGUGAGGGACCUGGCCGGCAGGGAGGCAGACACCUUUGACCUGGAGCAUUUGGAGAUGAGGUCACUGGCCCAGUUCAGCUACCUGGAACCUGGGAGUGUUCGCCACAUCUACCUGUACCACCACAGCCAGGGGCACAAAGCUCUGUUUGGCCUGUUCAUCCCUUCACAGCGCAAAGCUAGCGUCUUUGUCUUAGACACAGUUCGAAGCAACCAGAUGCCCAACCUCAGUAGCCUCUAUUCAGCAGAACGUACAGCUCUCCUGGAGAAGACUACCGAAGAGCUCCUGCCUCCAGAGAAACACAACUUUGAGGUCAGGGCUGAAAAUGACAUCAAGGCAAUCCACCGUGCACUGCAGCGCAUACUGCUGACAUACAAGGAGGAGCGGCGUGGGCCGACCCUCAUCGCUGUUCAGUCCAACUGGGAGCUGCGGCGGCUGGCGGCCGGGAUGCCAUUGCUCGAGGAGUUCCCAGUCGUUCCAGUGCACGUGGUGGACGAGAUCAGUUACAAUGUGCUUGACUGGCAACGUCAUGGUGCCCGGCGCAUGAUCCGCCACUACCUCAACCUGGACAGCUGCCUGUCACAGGCUUUCGACAUGGCCAGAUAUUACCACUUGCCCGUGGGGAAUCUGCCUCAGGACGUGUCGAUCUUUGGCUCAGAUUUAUUCCUGGCAAGACACCUACGGAAGCACAACCACCUGCUGUGGCUUUCCCCCACAGCCAGGCCCGACCUGGGGGGGAAGGAAGCUGAUGACAGCCGUCUAGUCAUGGAAAGUGAUGACAGGGUGUCCGUGGAGAUCAAUGCCCAAGGGUGCUACUCCACAGUGUGUGUGGAGCUGGACCUGCAGAGUCUGGCAGUGAACACCAUCCUCCAGUCGCAGCAUGUAAAUGACAUGGAGGGAGGAGCCAGCCUGGGAGUCAGCUUUGAUGUCAUCCAGCAGGUCUCGUUGGAGGACAUGAUGUCAGGAAACCAGGGAGCCAGUGCACUUGCCAGCUAUGAUGAGACUGCCCUCUGCUCCAACACCUUCAGGAUCUUGAAGAGCAUGGUUGUGGGCUGGGUCCGGGAGAUCACACAGUACCAUAAUGUGUACGCAGACAACCAGGUGAUGCACUUCUACCGCUGGCUCCGCUCCCCCAGCUCUCUGCUCUAUGACCCUGCACUGCACCGGACCCUGCACAACAUGAUGAAGAAGGUCUUCCUGCAGUUGGUCGCAGAGUUCAAACGUCUUGGCUCCACUGUGGUGUACGGGAACUUCAACAGGAUCAUCCUUUGCACCAAAAAACGGAGGAUAGACGAUGCCAUCGGCUACGUCGAUUACAUCACUAACAGCAUACACUCCCGAGAAAUCUUCCAUUCCCUCUCCAUCUCCUUCUCCCGGUGCUGGGAGUUCCUGCUGUGGAUGGACCCGGCCAACUAUGGGGGUGUAAAAGGCAAACUGCCAUCAAGCAUCUUGUAUGGAGAAGACAGAGACACACGGAAGAAAAACAGAGGAGAGGAGGGGGAUGAAGAUGGCAGUGAGGAUGAGGAGGAAGUUGACGGUGAGGAAGAUGAUGAAGACGGAAAGACAGAUGAGGUGGAGGAGCUGAUUGAGAGCAACUGGAACAUUAUGCAAUAUCUGCCUCAAACGGCGUCCUGUCAGAAAUAUUUCCUCAUGAUUGUCUCAGCUUACAUUGCAGCAGUCUACCACAGCAUGAAGGAGGAGCUGAGACGUAAUGCCCCUGGAGCAACACCUAUCAAGAGGCGGGGAGGCAGCCAGGCAUCCCAGCAGGCAGUGGGGGACUUGAGUGCUCUUCCUGGGAUGAUCUCCUUCUCCCAGGAGUACGUGUCCAGUGAGCUGACGCAGAACUUUUUCACCAUCACUCAAAAAAUCCAGAAGAAGGUGACCGGUACGAGGAGUGUGACGCAGCCCUCAGAAAUGUUCCCUGUCCUGCCUGGUUCCCAUCUGCCGCUCAACAACCCGGCUCUGGAGUUCAUCAAAUACGUCUGCCAGGUCCUCUCACUGGACGCCAACAUCGUGAACCAGGUGACCAAGCUGAAGCGGGACCUGCUGCGUCUUGUGGACGUUGGGGAGUUCUCAGAGGAGGCCCAGUUCCGGGACCCCUGUAACUCCUACAUCCUGCCAGAGGUCAUCUGCCACCACUGCAAUUUCUGCCGCGACCUUGACCUCUGCAAGGACCCCUCUAUGGCACAGGAUGGGUCUGUCCUGCCCCAGUGGUUUUGCUCCAACUGCCAGGCCCAGUAUGAGACGGACUUUAUUGAGAUGGCUCUGGUGGAAGCCCUGCAGAAGAAACUGAUGAGCUACACUCUGCAGGACGUGGUGUGUGUUAAGUGUAAAGGGGUGAAGGAGGCAAACAUGCCCCUCUACUGCGAGUGUGCCGGAGACUUUGACCUCACAUUCCCAGCCAAGAACUUCUUCGAUCAAAUUCAAGUGUUUCGGAACAUCGCAUCGCACUACAACAUGAGCUUCCUGGAGGAGACGAUCAACUGGCUGCUGGUUAUGAGUCCACACAGCUCAAACUCUCACUAAGUGUAACAUCCACCACAGACAUCAUUAUUUCCCUGAACUGCUGUGCUGGAGCCAACUGCUAAUUCUUUUUUAAUACAGGAAGCACUUCUGAAAUUAUCAGGCCUGGUGGUGUGUGAUUAGGACAUUUUUGAGCCAUUGCACAAAUUGCUUUGUGGGUUAGAAUAGAGAUGGAGGGUUUGUACAUGCAUUUCCAGUCAUGAUUGUGUUUUGUCAUAAUUAUGUGAAUGAAUUUCAUGUUUUUGUUGACUGUGUCAAUAAACAUUUUUCUAAACG